UAAAAAAGAGAAAGGUUAUAAAUGUAAUUUCAAAUUUUUUUGGACGAGUUUAAGUAAUAUUGGAGCGAUGUAUAGAAGUUCAGUUCUAAAAACAUGUGAUACAUUAUUGAUAUAUGUCCAUGAAAAGUUGUUGAUAAGAAUUAAGAAAUAAGAAUACUACAAAUAACCAAGCAAGUGAGAAAUAGGGCCUUGACUGUUUUACAACUGCUGAGAAUAGCUAUUACUUGUAACUUAUGAGUUAUGAGCUACUAUAUUUGUAGUGCCAUCAUUCUGUUAAGACCAAGGAAAAAAAUGCUCAUCAUGAAAUUACCAACUUUGGUAGUUUUCUUCCGAGCAUGAGCAAAGAAACCAGGAACACGAACACACAAACACACACACACACUCUUUCUUGCUGCAUGCCAUUUUUCACCAUUUACUGCAAAUUUUUAUCUUCCACUGAACAAGUUCACAAGCUUUUUCUUUUUAUUUUUUUCCUCAAAAAAUACAAGGUAUUUAAAGGAGCAAAGCAUGCCAUACUUGUUGCUUAAUGCUUAGCUGUACUGUCAACGACUACACCACCAUACAUACCAAUACAUACAUCUAAUCAUCCAAAGAAGUGGGGGCAAGGCAACCCAUAUAUACCCAGAAAGGUAUCACAUGUAACAAAAGGACAAUUUUGCAUUGAGAGUACUGACCAGCUACAAAACAACCAUAUCAUACAGUAUACUAUGUCUCAUCUGAAGCCAUGCAUUAAUAUUAAGUAUAGAGUUAAUAGUACUUCUUUCGUAAUGUAUUUAGCUACCUUAUCAGUUUUCACGUACUAGUCCAAUACACGCUGGUCGUUAAAUUUCAGUUUAGUUCUAUACGUAUUUGCGGACAUUUUAAAACCCUACUUAAUCAUUGAACCGCCCACCAUGAACCGAGAAAAAAAGAAAAGAGAGAAAAAAACAAACUUAAUAUACAUCAAACAAACAACCAUUAAAUUUUCUAAAAGUCAAUACCUGUAGGCCCUGACUAACGGUUCAUAUGGUCGUUGUUUUGGCUGGAGAUUGGUCUGAAGCUGACUUAUUCACUUGAUUUCUCUUCUCUUUUAUCAUAGCUUUAAUUUAUACCCUUCUUUAUAUGCUUGUUGAGAAACACAUUUUCUAUAAGACACAAACAACCUAAUCUCCUUGAGUAAAUUUUUGAGAACUUGAGUAUCAUGAUAAUUAAACUACUACUACUGCUAUUAGCUUCAUUGCUCCAAUGUGUUCCUACUUAUUGUUCCUUGGUUCAUACUAUUGCCAACCAAAAUGUAUCCACUACGGAGUUGCGAGUUGGUGAAAGAGACUACUUGCAAUGGGUUAGCCACAUUGGGUUCAAGACCGAUGAGCAUAACAGAAAAUUCCAGCAACAGAAACAGAAAUGGAAACAGGAAGGAACCCAUUUAAAGGCUUGCAAAACCAUCAAAGUUCGAAAGAACCCGAAACCAUCAUCCAAGCAUUACGCUAGUGUGCAGGAAGCUAUCAAUUCACUGCCAAUUUCUAACUUAUGUCGUGUGGUCAUCUCUAUUGGUCCAGGAACAUACAGGGAAAAGGUAGAGGUUCCUGUAACAAUGGCCUAUAUUAAACUUAAAGGAGCAGGAGCAGAAAAGACGAUAAUCGAGUGGGAUGACACUGCUGAUAGGUUAGGGCAGAGUGGGCAGCCAUUAGGGACUAAAAAUUCCGCUACUUUUGCUGUCAAUUCUCCUUACUUCAUCGCCAAAAAUAUCACAUUCAAGAAUACAGCACCAUCACCAGCAUCAGGUGCACAAGGGAAGCAAGCAGUAGCACUGAGGAUCUCAGCAGACAAAGCAGCAUUUAUAGGAUGCAAAUUCAUAGGGGAACAAGACACACUGUACGAUCACAUAGGAAGGCAUUACUUCAGAGAGUGUUACAUAGAGGGUUCUGUGGAUUUUGUGUUUGGAAAUGGGCUCUCACUCUAUGACAACUGCCAUUUGCAUGCCGUGAGCAACAACUAUGGAGCCCUUACUGCCCAGAAAAGAGAAAGCUUCCUGGAAGAAACUGGAUUUUCAUUUCUAAAUUGUACCAUAACUGGUUCAGGUGCGCUUUACCUUGGAAGGGCUUGGGGUACCUUCUCCAGAGUCGUCUUCGCCUACACUUACAUGGACAAGAUCAUCGCUCCUGGUGGCUGGUAUGAUUGGGGUGACAAAAACAGGGAUACGACAGUAUUUUAUGGACAGUACAAGUGCUCAGGACCAGGAGCUGAUCAUGGGGUAAGGGUUUCAUGGUCGAGGGAGCUGACUACACAAGAAGCUCAACCAUUCAUUUCCUAUGAUUUCAUUGAUGGGGAUGAAUGGCUUAAAAACUUGAUAUAAUAUGGACUUGAAAACCAUCCAUUAUUCAUCUUCCUUGUUAAUCUACAUGUAAUUUUGAUGUUUAUCCUUUCUGAUCUUGAUGAAGUUGUGCAAACAAUCUACAUAAUAUAUAUCCCGUUUCUCUUCGCUGGUAA